UUGAGAAUACACACUUUUUCAUCUAUUUGCCUAAAGACUCUGGUAUGUAAAGUUUUUGUAAGGCUUUAAAAUAUCCUGUUGAUAGAUCCUCUCUGGUUCUUUCCCUCCUGACCAUCUGCCAUUUUGCCUUCUCGCUCAUACGCGGCCCAGUGAUACACUGUUCACUCCUCACUCCACCUUCUUCUUCACCUAUACUCACCGAACUGGUUCACUGAGAAGCUUCAUCCUGGCCGGCACUAUUCCAGCCAAGGGGGAAGAGGACUUCCUGACGCUGGCCGCUUCGCGGCUCAGCCGCAGGAAACGUGUCAUUGGCGCUGCUGUAGGUGUGGCAAUGGUUCUAAUACUGUUGGUGGCCAUUCCCCUGCUGGUCCACACAACCAAAGGGGGGAACACGGGAAAUUCAGGGAGCCGUUAUGAAAUGCUUGGAAGCUGCCGGAUGGUGUGUGACCCUUACGCCACGUCUCAACCAGGCCAGGAGCUGACAGCUGUGUCUCCAGCGCCCCAGGAUUACUCUGGGAAGAAGAUAAAGUCAGGGCUUCGUGGGCCGCCAGGGAUCACUGGUCCUCCAGGAGUACGUGGACCCCCUGGGGAGCCAGGCAAACCAGGUCCUCAGGGGCCCCAGGGUCCAGGUCCUGGGGGCUAUUCGCCGUCACUGUACACUCCCAAAAUUGCCUUUUAUGCAGGGCUACGCAAGCAGCAUGAGGGGAAUGAAAUCCUGAAGUUUGAUGAUGUGGUGACCAAUGUGGGCAACUACUAUGAGCCCAGUACCGGCAAGUUCACCUGCCCUCUGCCUGGCAUCUACUUCUUCACCUACCAUGUUCUAAUGAGAGGUGGCGACGGGACCAGCAUGUGGGCUGACCUGAAGAAGAACGGACUGGUGAAAGCCAGCGCCAUCGCUCAGGACGCUGAUCAGAAUUACGACUACGCCUCCAACAGUGUGAUCCUGCAUCUGGACGUGGGCGACGAGGUGUGCGUGCAGCUGGACGGAGGCAAGGUCCACGGGGGGAACACAAACAAGUACAGCACCUUCUCCGGCUUCCUCGUCUACCCAGACUGAAUCUCGUUGUGACCCAUGCAGGGGAGAGGAGGUGCUAGAGGAACAUCAACACACACAAACUCACACAUACACAGACACGUAUGUAUGCAAAUUCAUGCAGCUGCUCAGACAUGCACACACACACACACACACACACACACACACACACACACACACACAGACAAACACACACAUCAACACCAUUUCUACAUGCAGACACGCUGAGAUUCCAACAGACAGAAAGGUGAAUUAAGUGAAAAUCCCAAAAUGUCAGUCAUCAUGACGAGCAACCGAAUUUGUUGGCGCCCAUUGUGUGCAAACACGACUUUUCAGAAUAUGUACAGUCUGAGUGCACAUGGAAAUUGCACGUUGUGGCUCGGAAAUAUCCAAAAUAUUAUAAUGUGUUCCAUAUUAACUGACAUUGUGAUAACUAGAAUGUAACAAACACCAUCAGUGUGAUUGUUUUGACAAUGCAAUAAGGGUAUCAAAGGUGUCAUCCACUGAGACGACAGAGCUGACAAAUGCACACUUUAUUCCAGUCUUCACUCACACAUCUCGCUCUCCAUUUUAAUGACCACUAAUCGAAUGGCCUGUCUAUAUUUUGCAACUCGUCUUUAUGAAUAUUUUUUCUGCCCCCUGUGCGUCAGAGGGAAUUACACCUGUGGAAAUUAACCGAGCCCGUGUUGUGAUUAAUUGGGAGAGUGCUGUUCAAAAUGAGGCAAUCGGGAUUUAAAGAAAAAACAAGAAAUAUUAAUAUUCGAAGUUAAGAAAAAAAAACAAAUCCUAUUUUAAGGUUUGCAUAUGAGUAUGAUGAAGUUUAACUUGACAAGUGCAUUAUUGACAAUAGUAUGUGUAUGUGUGUGUGUGUGUGUGUGUGUGCGUGUGCGUGUGAGAGUGAAAAUAUAUUACAGAUACUGUGAGAUACAAGGGCGCCAAAAGUGAGACAGCUGCAGUGUUUUCCCUGACAUUAAUUGUUGUACAAUACUUUACAGAUUGUUGCUGUAACUACACUGCCAUACUUAUUCAGUACUUUAUUUUUGAGAGACCCUGUAAAAGUACCAUCAUAUGUAUAAACACAGUAAUCCUGG